AUGGCACCCCUCGUAUGGUUCAUAACAGGCGGCUCAUCUGGUUUCGGAUACUAUCUCGCCCUGCAUGCCCUAGCAGCAGGUCACCAGGUCAUCGCCACAGCACGAAACGUCACAAAGUCCGCACAAACCGUCCAAGACAUCGAGGCUAAAGGCGGGAAGGUCAUCGAGCUGGACGUGACGAAGGGGGAAACUAUUCGCGAGACAGUCCACCACGCAGAGAGCAUCUAUGGACACAUCGAUGUGCUGGUCAACAAUGCAGGGUUCUCCGUGCUAGGGGCAGUAGAAGACAUAACUCCUGAGGAAGCUGUCUCUCAAUUCGAAACCAACUUCUUCGGCCCCCUGCGGCUCAUCCAGGCGGCGCUGCCAUCUAUGCGCGCCCGGGGCACAGGUACAAUCGUCAACGUGUCGAGCGUGGCAGGACAAGACGCACUGCCCACAUGCGGACUCUACGCAGCGAGCAAGUUUGCGCUGGAAGGGCUGUCGGAGACUCUUUCGCGCGAAGUCGCGCAGUUUGGGCUUAGUGUGCUGAUCGUUGAGCCAGGCGCGUUCAAGACGAACUUCCUGGAUGCGGCUAGGAAGACGGACGUCGGGCUGUCUGAGCCGUAUCGUGGAGGCAUUGUGGAGACUGUGCUUGGCAAGUUUGACCCGGCGAGGGGGUUGCCGAAGGGGGAUCCGGUCAAGGGUGUGGCGAGGGUGUUUGGGGCUGUCACUGGGGAGGGGGUGGCGGGGGAUCUGAAGGGCAGGAUUCUUAGGUUGCCUCUGGGACCUGAUUGCGUGGGCCGGAUUGAGGGGAAGCUGAAGAGUGUUUCUGGUGAUUUGGAGGCUGCGCGGGAGGUGGCGAUGGGUACCGAUUAUGAU